AUUAUUAAACCUUAAAAUAUAUUUAUGAAAUACCAAAGCACCAAACUAAUUCAAUUUAGAAUUAUUCCACACAAAGUCAGAUGAAUCGUCGAAUCGAUUUACGUUACGUGUAGCUAUUUUGUAUCACCCACGCUAUAGUCACUUGCCAAUCCUCUGACUGCUAUCAAGUAUAUCAUAUCGGGUGCAUUAUGGGUAAUUUAAAGCUUUUUUCUUUUUUCUUUAGCUCUAAAAAAAAAACCAAUCAAGUUAAAAUGGUAGAAACUAGCGGUAAACUAGUGUGAGCUGCGUCGGUGUUUCCAAAGAAACAGUUGUGUAAAAAGAUAAAUUUAACACCGUAAAAAAUAGGUGAAACAACUUACUGACGUUUCGGACGUUAAUCCUUCGCCCGAAACGUCAAUAAGUUGUUUAACCUAUUUUUUCACGGUGUUAAAUCAAUCAAGUUAAAGUACUAACUUUGAAAUAUCAACUGCCGUAGUUGUUGAUAAAUGUAUAAGUACAAUGAAAUAGUACAAAACACUAACUUGUAGCUUGAAAUCUAUGUUUUAAUGUACGUUUCCGCACUUCGGCUUUCACAGUCAUAUGUUAGAGGUCAGAAUUUCAUCAACUGAUUGAAUCCGGACAAAGAAUUAAUAAAUAGAUAAACUAAAUAAGCAAACAACGACUUCGCUUUAAUUCUCAGGCUGAGAAUUACGCCUAGUAAGGGAGAGAAGAGCUGGACCCUAGACCAUUCAUAGAUUAGUCACUAUUUUAAGGGCGCCAAGCGAAAAAAGAUCCUAAUUGUAUUCUAAUUUUAUGAAAUGAUUUCUUCUCAUGUUUUGGCACUCUUAAUAAGAARGAAAAAUCUACCGCAAGGUGGUAUUUAUCUAUAAAACCUCAUCCGUGAAAAGUUUCGAAUAUUCAAAAUAAUGGAAAUUUAUAAUGUUCCCUAACUAUUACACCAAAGAUUUGGAUAAAGAAAAUAAACUUGAAGGCAAAAAAGAAAGAAAAACUGUUUUAGAAUUCAUCAAGGGCGGACAUCCACCCAUCAAAGGUAAAAUAACAUUAGUUACAAAUAAGUAAGGCCUAAGAGAUAGCGCUGAAGAUAACAGCUCGUCCUGCUGUUUUACUGAUGACGAAGCCUCGGCGCGCAAAACAUACAAUACUUUCGCGGCAAUAGUAAUCAUUUGUUGUGUAAUCGUAUAAGAACCUUUUAGCAAAUUAUGUUUUUCGAUGGAAAUAACAUUACAUGGGAGAUUGUACUAAAAUAUGUCAAAAACUGAAAUUGGUCAAUUUUUUUCAUUCAAAAAUCUAUUAAAAGGGCUAAGAAAUACUGGCAAAAUUUGUAAUAAAGAAAAGGGGAUUAUUUUUUUUUAACAAUUCGAAAUGAAAUCCGUAUAUUUAUGACUGUGGGUGUUGCUAUAUAUGACUUGUAUUGAAUUUUACAUUCGAAAACUAGUCUGAGAAGACAUCUAAAAUUCUCAAUAGUAGGAGAAAAAUAGAAUUAUAUAGUGAAAGGAAGUAUUUACUUUCAAAACAAGUCAGAGAAGUUCGAUUCUAAGAAAAUAAUAGAAUGGAAUUAAAUUUCAAAAUGGAUAAAAAAAAAUUUAAGAAAGCAUUACAAUCUAAAAGUUUUUAGUUAAACACGUCGUCAGGGCAUUACUUCAUAAACAUGGCUUAGAAAGACACGAUUAUAAUACUGUUGAGUUGAAAGAAAUAUAAUACUACCGGUCGAUUGAAAACAGACUUUAAUGUGAAAAUGUCAGUCAAUUUUGGGAAUUUCAAAACCAAUUAUGAAAACGCAUUGUACCUCCGACGAAAAUGCAUAUUCCAUGUAUAAUAUAAAUAAUAGAUUGUUUUGUUCUUUUGACUUGCUAUCGUAUUCAGUUCCUCGUAAAUGAAUGAAACUGGAUGUUUUCGAAAGAGAUUGUUUUCGGCGAUCAAGAUAAUGGCAUAACAUAAACGUAAUGAAGUCCGCGUUGCCAUGUUACCCCUUCGAGCCAAAUUACCGAAAAACAUUCUUUUUCCAGAAAAAAAUACUCUAUAUUGCCCACUUUUGUGGCAAAGAGUUCGAAUUUUCAGACGAGUCCUUGCGCCGAGUUAUUUUCACUCAACUGAGACUUGCAAACUUCUAAUUUCUCUCACUCCAUUUGUCUUGUCAUGUCUUAGCCAAUCAGGUCGUACGUGUGGCUAGACCCCAUGCAAAGAAAAGAUAGAUUUCUUGAGGGGCCCAAUACAUGACAAAGUGCUUAUUAUGGUCGAUAAAUUUCCUACUCUCUGUAGGAGUCCUGUGUAAAUCGAUCUAACCGCGUCGUUUCUAAUUUGUUUUAUCACCCGGCCUCAUAGCUUUAAUAAAUUCUGUCUUACUAUGAAAGAUCCUGGCUUAUAACAGCAGAUGUACAUGAAACACGAUAAACGCCAGAAAUAUCGUGAAAAACUGUGAAAUUUUCUCCAGUUAAUUGUGAUUGGACAUUCAUCAAUCAUCGUGAAGCUUUUCGUGACCGAAAAAAAGCAAUUUUCAAUUUAUCGCGUGAAAAGAAUAUACGAACUGUACUGUUUAUGUUUAACGAGUAAAGUGGAGUGGAUUUAAAUAUCGAAUAUUGAGCCAUGGCAGGGACAUCCACGCAACGAAAAAGGCAGCUGUUCAGCUAUUGGCAGAAUAUUGCUUGGGGACUGGAACUUCUGUUGUAGAAGAUUAGGGUAAGUUUAAAUUGGUUGCCUAUUAGAAAAGAUCGAGUGAUAUUGUGUCAUAAAUCAGCCCGUCUGAUCAACAUCUAAAGAGAAAACAGAAGUGAACAUUUUCUCGUUAAAAAGUCACUCUCCUGUAUCGUAGUUGAUGGGGGAUCAAUCGAGGUAGCAGAGCGAAUUUAGAUAAGCUUUUUUUACAAAAGUAUUCAGAAAUAUUACGCAGUAAAAGCAUCAGACCGAAGAAACAAAGACUGGUAAUAGCCGAAGUGUUAUAGCUUAUAGUACAGAGAACCUAUAGACACUAAAGAAAACAAUGGAAUUAAAGAAAUCAGCGAACGCAACGGACUUUUUUCCUAGGCUUCUUUCACCACAAGUGAUAUUAUAACUCGCUCAAACCCGCUACGUAUGUAUAAAAUAUAACAAAACUGCAAGCCCUAUGGAAUUAUUAGUCAAGCAUAAUUUAUCAGUAAAAAUUCCCAUUCAUAAAUCCCUAUAAGAAGAAUGCUCACCAUAGUAAGAUUUCAAAAGUAAAAAAAAAAAAAAAAAACCCUGAAAGACGAUGCUAUUUUUAGUUUUCAGUCGUGGCAUCCAAGGUACAAAUUUCUAAAUAUUUACACACUACAAUUGUAGAUACCACUGUAAACCACUGAAUACAAUACAACCUAAAACGAAAACAACUUUCCAUUAACUUUAUUUACUAAGCUUUUGUUUGUUGGUCAAUAUCUCGGGCCUAUAUUUGCGCACUCUGGGAAACUGUUUCAGGUUCUGCUUACCUGGCAAGAUUAAGGAUAUCGGGUCAUUCCGUGACAUGACUUGGUUUAUUAAACUACCGUGUGAGGUACAAACCAAUGUGAAGCGCAAUCAACGGCUUAAAAACUGCGUGAUUGACGGAACCGUAGAGGUCAGGCAUAUAAGAGGCAUUCACUGGCUUUCGUAUGUCGUUGAAUCAAGGGCUGACUGCUAAGAAGUGCUUGGUUUGUUAUUUUAACUGAAUAACCCCUAAGGCUCAAGACGAAAGUGGUUGACCAUUCAUACAUUUAAGGCCGUGGAUUAGAUCUUCAUUGGCAUCAGACCGAAGCUGCGAUCAACUCCUUGUAUAACAUAUAAAAACAAGARAUUGGUAAUACAGUUUAGUUUAUUGGUCGCGCGGAAAAGAUGCACUUUUCUACUAGAAGUCUUCUCAAGGCAUUUAUCUUUGUUGGGACGGUUUCUACUGUACUGUGUAACGAUAAAGCUGCAGGUAGAUGCCCUCGAUUCCGAUUCAAGCAGACAUCACACCACGCCAUAAAAAAGCUAAAGGGAGAAGAACUCACACUGUCCUGCCAAGCCAAAGGAAGCCCGCGACCCCAAGUAACCUGGUUCAAAGGUAGACGACCCAUCAAGAGAUCCAAAAACCGAUUCAAGUUAACAACGUGGGACCUGACUAUUAAAAGACUAAAGCAUAAAGACAGYGCCAUUUAUAGAUGCUUUGUGUGGAAUCACUUUUGUAAUGUAACCAGGACAUUCUACGUACAAGUCUUAGGUAAAGAAUACCAAGAUGACGAGCCUCCCAAAACUACAGGACAACCGGUUAUUCAAGAAAAUCUUCUUAAAAACGCAACAGCCGUAGAAGGAGAAUCAGUKUCUUUCACUUGCGCUGCUCUCGGCAACAAGAAACCACAGUUUGCUUGGGUAUGGAUUUCGUUUCAUGACUCCAAACUCCACAAGAUUUUGAAUUCAUCAUCUUCACCAAACAUUCGCUUUCAAGAAAUGAGCAGAACUGUUCUUGGGGGAACUUCAUACAUACAGAAACUCAAGAUAUUAAAUGUUUCUAAGUCUGACCAGGGACAGUACACCUGCUUUGUGGGUCACGAUGGGCGUAAGAUUGUUUCGGCGCAUGUGUUUUUGAAAGUGCGACAACUCAAACCUACAGUCGAUUUAACAAAAGUCCAGGGAUUCACCAAGAACACAUCGGAGCCUCCGUAUGUAUUAGGGGGUGUUGAAAUCCCCCUCGCUGCAGUCAUAGCCGUCCCGGUGGCCCUCUUUACCCUUCUUAUUGUAGCAAUUAUAUGGUGUUAUGUUCAGAUAGUUAAGCAUCGUUACCUGCAAUAUGCCAAAGCAGCAACAUUUGCACAUGGAACUAAUGGAGUUAUGAUGAAUGGUACAUGCAAAGGACAUCAAACUGUCCAUAACAUGGAGACGUUUACAAAUGGACACAUUUUACAUAGAACUACUCCAACACCGGAAGUAAAUAAUCAGCAAAUAAAUCCUGAAAUUGAAGGAGCAUAUGGACCGGAAGUAAAAUAUGGACCGGAAGUAAAAUAUGAACCGGAAGUGAGAUAUCACCCGGAAUUGAAGUAUGAGGAAGUACGGGAAAACAGGACACGAGACUUGGAAGCAUGUCAUAGUCAAAAUAAUAUAGCAAUUUCUACGGAAAACUCUCUUGAGUCAUGUGAUAGAACGACUAAAUCUUUAGAUAUCACUGACGAAGAAUCAUCGCAAGACAAUCCAUCAGAGGAGACGAAUAAUUUAAGUGAAACUAUUUCUAUAACCGAGGCGCCUAGUGAAGACCCUCCAGAUGAAUCUAAAAGAACUGAUGUAAAAAGAGUAGAAGAUAUUCAUAUUGAUAACGACGGUAUUCGAGAUUCACUCGUCUAGUUAAGAGUAGUAUUGUAGUAUAAUUUUAGAGUCCAUCCCAGACUCCUUUUUGCCCUCUCCGUUGACCAGUUGCCAAAGAGAGGGUCUGGGACUGGGUYAGUAUAAUUUAUGCAUCGUUUUCUUUCUAUCUAGUUUUAGUUUUUAUAUCACAUACAUUAUCUACAUUAUCAUUUUGUAGACAUACAAUCGUUUUUUGGUCAGUCAGUUYUGACUGAUGGAAUCCUUCUCGUCUCCAGUAUUUUUCUCGGCCACAUUGACACAGGGAUCCCUAACCAAAUCAACAUCCUUUACCCAAUACUCGRAUACAAGUACUGUAUAUAGAUCAUCACCGUUUCAAGUUUUAAGAAACUACAUUGCAAUAUGCGAUUUAUUUAUGAAAAUAUCGACAAAGUCAGUUGUAAAAUGUGAUCGAUUGCUAUGAAAUUAGGGUGAGGUCAUCUUAAACCCGUGAAACAAAAAAUACAAUAGGGAAAAAAAAAAAUACUAAGAUGCAAUAUUUAUUUCACGGAUUUGGUGCGCUCACUCUACCACGAGGUUAUACUACAUCGUGAUUGAAUAUUAAUAAAUAAUAUUUUAUUAUU